AUGCGCUCAUCCAUUGAGAGAGCUGGGUUCGUUGACGUUCAUGAAAAGACUACGAAGUGGCCUAUUGGGGCAUGGCCGAAAGACAAAGCAUUGAAAGAGGCCGGCUUAGUCAAUAUUCAGCAUUGGCUUGCGGGCAUGGAGGGCUACUCGAUGUACCUACUUACUAAGUUCGGAGAUCCGGUGCCAUGGACAAAGGAAAACGUGCUACUCUAUGUUGCGGAGAUGCGGAAAGCACUCAAAAACCCUCACUUUCAUGCCUAUCAGCGCGCGAAGAGAAUCUGGGCCAAGAAGCCCCUGUCUGAGGAGAGGACCGUGACCAAUGAGGACCCUGAUAUCGUCAAACAGGAAUGA